GGAGAGAAAAGGGGGCAGGGGAGGAUGAGAAUUGAUAUAAGUGUUAGGCUAGUCAGAACGGGUGGGUUGCGGCGGCGACGAUGACUCGGUGGCUGCGGCCCCCCUGACGUCAGCUGCCGGCCUCAGGCACUGUGCCUUCCCGUUCGGGCCAUGGUUCCGAUGGGGCCCACCGCCCGGCGCGGACCAAUGAUCGGGGGCGCUGGCGGGGAUGAAUUCAUCGUCGUUCGGCCAGCAUCAUCAUCCAUCCAUCCUCGCCUCCCCGUUCGAGUAACCGGGGAGGCUCCUGCACCCGCCAGCAUGGAUCCUUCCCACCGUUCGGGGCUUCUUGGGUUCUGUGGUCCUCCGUGUCUCCCCACCUCCUCUUGUCCAAGAUCGGCGAGAUCCUUAACGGGUUGGGAUUCGUCUCCAGCGGUCGACGAGGGCCGAUGGGUCUGGUCUGCUGCUGCUGUUGCUGUUGUUGCUGUUGUGUCGCACUGCUGCAAAGGAUGUCUGUCUGCCUCUUGGCUCCUGCACACACAGACGAUCCCCUCGACGCUAACUCGGCUCUUGCAUAGUCCCAACUUAGCGUCCCCUUCGGUUUUAGGUUCAUCCAUGACACAUCGCGUUCCAGGUCAUACACUGUCACUGUCUUAGUAGCUCCCUCAACCCUCCUCCCCCCCCAAAAAAAUAGCUGUCGCAUUCCAACCCGCUGUCAACGGACGAAGCUUCAUGCCCUUGUUCGCCAGGUCGCCUGGCCGACCGCAUCCAGACCCUCGCUACCAGAGUGUCGAUCUGCAGGGACGGUGCGCUCCAGUAAAUUCGUCUGCCGAUCUCAGACGCCAUAAGAUUUGCUGUGCGCCAGUCGCAUUCCAUCAGUGACCUCAUCC